AUGCGAGUAAAGGCAACCGAUGAGUUUACUAUUGAAAUUUUAGGCGAAAAACAUACGUUACUUAAUUUGAUUCGUUGGUGCAUCUACAAAUUCGAGUCUGUAUAUGAAAUCGAGCUUGUUGGGUAUACUAUUCCCCAUCCAAUGGAAGAUAAGGCCAUAAUGAAGAUUCAACUAAAAGACUCUACCAAUCAAACCAAGAAACAUAUUCUCGAUGUCUUCCAAAGAGGAAUAGAAUCAGCCCAGCAAAUCACCCACCAUCUCUCCACCUUAAUAGUCCGAGCCGCGUAA